UGCUGCGGUGCUCCUCAGCUAAUCACAUGGUAUACUGCAUCAAGAAGACUUGUUACACACAGAAGCCAGACGUGGACUGGGUCGAAGUAGACGACGUGGAUGAAGAAUCAAAUUGUGCCGCCCCUGCCAAGUCCAUUGACUCCGACACAAAGCCGUCGACACAGAAGCUGGAGGAGGACAGCAACAGCUCCGCAGCAACGAACGAGUCGGCAGGGCCCAAAGAUUCUGAUCAAUCCCAGAAUGCACAAAAACAGGAAGUACCGAAAGAUACUCUGUCCACACAGACUCCUACAGAAGCUGCAGCUGAAAGUGACGUUGAUGCAGAGUUUUCAAACUGGAGAAAAGUCUGCUGUGAAGAAUUCGAAUUGGAGGCUGAAAACAUUGAGAAACUAAUCAACCGAGACAUUGCUGAGGAAUGGACAGCCGAAGAAUGGGAGAAACUUCAGAAAGACUGUGCCACGUACGGCUUUUGGUUUGCCAUCACCGACUACAUCUACUCGUGUGAGGACUACACUUUUGUUAAGAUCUUGCCAAGAAUAUUUGAGAAUCUCUUCUUAGAUCCUCCCGAAAACAUCUCUAACUUCUUGUCUCGAAUACGGCGCAGGUUGAAACGAGGUGGUGUCGAUUGGAUAAAGGAGACAUUCUUGGAGCCGCAGAAAAAUCUCGGCCCCCUCUGCGACAAGCUGGGCAUCACCGUUGAACUGUUACAGAAGGGCGAGAGCCCAAAUGUGCCAGCGUCGCAGCUGUCGAAGGCUCUGGCCCUUGAAUUGCUCUAUUAUAAGAAAAGGCAUCCGACCAUGAGCUAUGCCGACCUCGCCGGUUGGAUUAAGUUGAUUUUCAAUUUCCCAACACUGCCCGAUCAGCGUGACCUCCACUUCCAACUGGAGGGCAUCCAUCGACUGAAGAACAAGCUGCGUGGCCACAAGACCGAAGUUGUUAAAAUGCUGAAGGAGCCAUUUGAACCGGUGUUCACCUCGUCCGACAUCGAUGUGGAGAUCGACGGGGCGGCCACCACUGGCAGCUCCGAUGACGCCACCGGCGGUGCGGCCAGCUGCAGCAUUGGCAGCACCGCAGGGACUGGGUCUGACAGCAACCUCACCGUGCCAGCUACGACCAGGGAGGAGGAGGAGGAGGAAGAGGAAGAGGAGGAUUUAGAAGAGGAAGACGAGGAGGAGGAGGAGGAGGAGGAGUUGGAAGAAGAAGAAGAGGAGGAGGAAGAGGAGGAUUUCUUUGUCGAGGACAACCAGGAUGGCAAGUCUCGGGUGUCAUCCUCUGACAACCCUCCUGAAGGGUUUUCGGACGACAGCUGCAGUGUCUCGGCUUUGGAGAAGAAGAGACCUGAGAGUCCAGCGUCAACAAAGGACACAAUACCCCAAGAUGACGAUAACACCAAUACAUCGGAGCCGUCAAAGACACAGUUUGACAAAGAGGAUUCCGUCGAUUCUGUCAAACUGCACGACAGCACAGCCCCUGAGUCUGACCACAAACCUGCUGGACAUGUGAGAGCUGAUAAGCUUGCUGAAGAGUCCAAGAGUAGCUGUGACACUGCUGCUUCUGAGACCACCCUGCCGUCGCAGACCAGGAAGAGAAACCAUUCCGAAACAGACACAGAGUUGAGCGAGGAGAAGCACAAGAGUUCCACAAACCUGGAUCCGGUCACUAAGAAGCACUGUCCACAACAAACUGAAAAUGCAAAGAGUGAGGCUACAGCUGGCCUGAAGUCUGGAAGUGAUACCAAAGAAGCUAAAAGACCGAUAACUGACCAAGGAAUGGACGCUCGUUCAAAGCAAGGCAUUAAAAGUCCUUUGUUUGACGACAAGAAUGACGGUGAUGACACUACUGCUGAUUUGACAAAGGAAUCUGUCAGAAUUGGUGAGAAGGAGGAGAAGAAAGGUGAGGUUAAGGUUACAGGAGGGACAGCAGAGAAUCCUUUGUCAUCGAAGGUGGAACCACAAGAGAAAGGGGAGACGACGGAGGCGGUGACGAAAGACACAAAGAUGGCUGCCGGAGAAUCAGAUUCUGGGAAAACCGAUAGAGUUAAGAAGUGGCCAGAAGUUGAAGGACGGAAGUCCAAGUCUGCUGAGAAGCUGCAGGAAGUCUGCGAGAAGUUGAGAGCAGCACGAGGAGGCGGUGGCGGCGGUGACGUCGACCUGUCUGUCGGUCGUAAAGGAAAGAAGGACGAGGACGAAAAGAUUGUUCCGGAUAAGAAGAAAGCUGAACCUGAGGCUGGUGCGUCGAGUAAGAGUGAAGCAGAUUGCUCUGAGGCACCGGAACCAUCCAAAGAACUUCUAGCUGAUGACAGUGGGAAGAAAAGUCUGCAGAAAACCGAACCCGAGCAGAAGAGCACAACUUUGAAGACUAAGCCUGCAGAGAAUAUUCCAGACUCCAAGAGCAAGGUAGAAAAUUCUUCUGGCACUGUUAAACCAUCUUUGAAGGCAUCAACAGUUACUGUGGAGUCCAAGUCUGUUGAGAGCCAAUCUGAAGAUAAGGAGAAAAAAUCUUUGAGCAAGCCAUGUGAUGAUAGCACAAAGACUCCACAUCUAAAACAAGGACCAAAAACUCCCAAGCAACCCCUUAAAGAGGAUACAGGGAAGUCGUCAGAUAAUGCAGUUUUGAAAUCUGUUCCUGAUAAGAUUUCAAAGUCGGCUGAUUCCAAAUCUUCUGGCGAUGGUUUGAAAGUUUCCAUCCCGAAAGCGGAUGCCUCAAAGUCUGGGAACGACUCUUCAGCAAGCAGUCAGUCAACCGUGACUGAGAAAUCAGAACCAGAGAAAGAAAGCAACAAGAUAUCGGACGUCCAGACAGAUUCUGUGGACAAGAAGAAGAAUUUGUCCUCGGAAUCUAAACUCGAUACAGAAACUACUAAAGUCGGGUCUCUGAAAACAGAGAAACCAAGGGAUUCUGUUGGUGGGGUGGGUACGGCAGAGGAUGAGGUGGCUUCUAAACUGCCUGGAACGGGGACAGGUGUAACAAAAGAAGAAGGACCACAGGGAGUUAAGUCUACUGAAGAGGAUCUGAAGUCGAAAGUAACGUCUGACCCUAAAGUUGUAGACAAGGCCAAGAAUGACCAAAAUGAUGUGAAGAAAAUCUCAUCCGAGCCCCAGAAGUUGAAAGAUUCUGGCGGUUCCAAAUUGGGUAGCAGUUUGAAACCCAGUUCUGAUAAACCUUCUGAGAGCAAGGCUGAAGGAAUUUUGGAUAAGAAUGACAGUUCAAAGGGUUUCUGUAAGGCAUCCGAAAAGAAGAACGAUGGAUCUGAAGAACAGAGACGUGGAAGUUCAAAAGAAGGAACCAGUGUGAAACCUUUUUCUGGUGAGUCAUCGUCCGUCAGAGGGGAAAAACUGUCGUCCGAUAAGAAGAAAGAAUCUUCUAAAAGUGAAUCUGUGACAAAGAAAUCUGUGUCUGCUGAAGAUGGAGAGAAGAAAUUAGAGAAGACCAAUGUUGUAUCGGAAAGUUCUAAGACUCCUUUGUCUGUGAAAAGUAAGGAAUCAACCAAAGAUGUAUCAAAGACAGAGUUAAAGGAAUCCAGUCCAGCAUCUGUCUCUUCAAAAACUGCUGAUGAUGCAGCUGGUCUUGAUGAUGGCAUUGGCACCAAGAAAUCUGUUGCAGAGAAAUCCACGGCGGGAGAAAUAUCAUCGAAAUCUAAGGAAGAACCUUCGAAGUUGGCUUCAAGAGAGAGUGUUCUAGCAGGGGCUGGUUCCAUGCAGGAGAAAACACUGACAAAGCUGACCACAACAUUAAUUAAAGAAAGCAAUCCUUCAGAGAAAUCCAUCAUUAAACCAACUGAAAGUGCAUCCAAGAUCUCAUCUGGGUCGCAGAGUAAACCUUCGCUACAGGCCCACACUAAAUCUGCAUUGGAGGAGUCUCUGCCCAAAUCCUCUUCAUUAUCAAAGAAAGAAUUAUCGGAGCCAAAUCAAAAGCCUUCAUCAGAAGCCCAAGCAAGUUCUUUGUCAAAGUCACCAGCCAAAUCCUCAUCAGAGGCCCCAGCUAAGUCCUCGUUGAAAGUCCCAACUAAGACCUCGUCGGAGGCCCCAGCCAAGACCUCGUCAGAGGCCCCAGCCAAGACUUCGUCGGAAGCCCCAGCCAAGACCUCGUCGGAAGCCCCAGCCAAGACCUCGUCGGAGGCCCCAGCCAAGACCUCGUCGGAGGCCCCAGCCAAGACCUCGUCGGAG